AUGUCCGCCAUGUACCCCCGGCGCAAGCCGCUAGGCGCGGGAGUGCGCUUCGACGACGAUCGCGACGUCCCCUCGCCGAGAGCCGACGGAAGCAACAGCUUACCGAGGGCGAGCGCCGCCGUCGACGCGCAGCCCGACGACGGGGGGGCGUUGACGGGCGGGCCGAAGCAGCCGGGGGAGGAAGGCGGAGUGCAAGGCGAGGGCGGUGUGGGGAAGGUGGGGUCGGGGCGGAGCAAGUGGCAGAUGGUGCGGCGGUCGCUGAAAGACAUCAAGGAAGUGGAGCGCGAACUCAAGGACAUGGCGGACACCGCGCGCGCAGGGGCGGCGGCGGACGACGAGGGCGCGAGUGAGGGCGCGGACGACGACGACCUGGAGCGGCUCGCCAAGGACCUCGAAGCGCUGCGCGCCGAGCGCAAGGCGCGGCAGCAGCAGCAGAAGCAGCAGCGCGCGACGAACCUGAUAGGCAACGCGGGCGGACCGCCGCAGUCGGCGGUGCACGUGGACAUGCCGGGCGGCGUGCGGCAGCGCAAGAUGGUGCGGCAGAGUGUGAUCAUGUGCAUGGACCCCAUGUGCAACCGCUGCCCGCCCGAGAUGCACCUCCACAUGCGCAAAAUGAUGGCCGCCGCCGCGCCCGGCGCCAGCGCGGCCGUGACGACGGUGGCGAAGGACUACUCGGCGAUGGACUGGAUGCUGGACGACGACGGGGACGAGGAUGGCGACGGCGAGGAGGAGCUGCUCGUCACACUGCGCUGCUGCGGCCUCCGAUUCACCUACCGAGGCAUUGCCACUGUCGGUGUCCGUGCUGCAUUGCCAUUGCCACCACCUUCCCAUCCCUCCCCACCCCUCCCCCUCACAUCCCUCCCAUCGGUCCCAUCCCUCCCCACCCCUCUGCGCCCCUGGCAGCGGCGGCGGCGCUUCCUGCUGCGGCGGUUCUUGGCGGAGCUGUGGCCGCCGCCGCUGCUGCACCCGCACAGCUACUACGUGAAGCUGUGGGUGAAGCUGCAGUUCGGCAUGAUGCUCGCCGCCUUCCUGCUCGACCCCUUCUUCCUCCUCGUCCUCUCCGUCUCCCAGGUACCCGCCCCUCCCUCACCCGGGUACGUGCCCCUCCAUCAGUCAGUCCCCCAUGCCGCACCCCUCUCCCUGCCACUGCAUCACCUCUCCCUUCAGCCCCCAUUCCCCUACCCACUUUCCUCCCCACUUUACUCCCCACUUUCCUCCCCACUUUCCUCCCCACUUUCCCUCCCCACUUUCCUCCCCACUUUCCUCCCCGCUUUCCUCCCCGCUUUCCCUCUCCACUUUCCACUUUCCUCCCCACUUUCCUCCCCACUUUCCUUCUCCACUUUCCACUUUCCUCCCCACUUUCCUCCCCACUUUCCCUCCCCACUUUCCCUCUCCACUUUCCUUCCAUCGCUGCUCUAUCCCAACGAACCCCCUCGUAUCCCCUCCUCCUCACCCCUCUCGCCCGUUCACAACACCUCCCCCCUUCCCCCCGGGUGUGCAUCAGACUCGCAUGAUGUUCAACGCCACGCACGACCAUGUCAAGGAUGGCAACAUAAAGAACUCGAGUGGCGAGAAGGUGAAGCUGGGCGACCUGGUGGUGGACGGCCGCGCCAUCCUCAUCAACUACCUCCGAACGCUCUUCCUUGCCGACCUCCUCGCCCUCAUCCCCCUCCCCCAGGUCCGCCCCUCCCCACCUCCGUUCCGUCCCUCGCCAACUUCGCCCAUCCAUGGGUCCCUCUUUCCCCAGGGCCGCACCUCCCACAAGUCUCACCUCCUUGUGCCGCUCGCUCUGCCCUCGCUCACAUCGUUCCGCUCCCUGCUCUCCUCGCCAUCCCUCCUUCCAUGCCCUCCUCGCCAUCCCUCCUUCCCUAUGCACCCUGCCCCUCCCCUCCUUUGCGCUCCGCUGCUCCUGCCUCACUCCACCAAGCUGUCCCUCUCCUCCCCUCCCAGAUAAUAACAGUGGCGGUGCUGCCGCUCUCGCCCGACAUCAACGUGUCGCAGACGUGGCAGGUGGCGGUGCGCAUCAGCGUGCUGCUGCAGUUUGUGCCGCGCCUCGCGCGCAUGUACCCCAUGCUGUCAGGCCAGGGCAGCCACUCCGUGCUCUUUGAGACCGCCUGGGCCUCCUUCCUGCUCAACCUGGUUGCCUUCUUCAUGGGCUCCAACGUGGUCGGCACGCUCUGGUACCUCCUCACCAUGCAGCGCACCGCCACCUGCCUCGUCAACUCCUGUCUGCCCGACUCCUCGCCGCCCUGCUACCAGUCCUUCCUCAGCUGCCCGGGGGACGGUACACAGGGGUACAGCGAGUGGCGGGCGAACAGUACGAGCAUGUACGACCAGUGUCUGAGCAGCAGCGGCAUCAGCAGCGACUUCUACGGCAUGUACACCACGGGUGUGCGCGUCGUGCAGCUCGGCUCCUUCUUCUCCACCUGGCUCUACUCCCUCAUGUGGGGCUUCCAGCAAAUCAGUACACUAGCAGGCAAUCUGGUGCCGACCACGGAGGUGGGCGAGGUGGUCUUCAUGCUGCUCAUCGUCGCGCUCGGGCUCUUCCUCUUCGCCUUCCUCAUCGGCAACAUGCAGAACUUCCUGCAGUCCCUCAGCCGCAGGUCAGUCAGUCCCUCAGCCGCAGGUCAGUCCCUCAGCCGCAGGUCAGUCCCUCAGCCGCAGGUCAGUCCCUCAGCCGCAGGUCAGUCCCUCAGCCGCAGGUCAGUCCCUCAGCCGCAGGUCAGUCCCUCAGCCGCAGGUCAGUCCCUCAGCCGCAGGUCAGUCCCUCAGCCGCAGGUCAGUCCCUCAGCCGCAGGUCAGUCCCUCAGCCGCAGGUCAGUCCCUCAGCCGCAGGUCAGUCCCUCAGCCGCAGGUCAGUCCCUCAGCCGCAGGUCAGUCCCUCAGCCGCAGGUCAGUCCUCAGCCGCAGGUCAGUCCCUCAGCCGCAGGUCAGUCCCUCAGCCGCAGGUCAGUCCCUCAGCCGCAGGUCAGUCCCUCAGCCGCAGGUCAGUCCCUCAGCCGCAGGUCAGUCCCUCAGCCGCAGGUCAGGGUCCCUCAGCCGCAGGUCAGUCCCUCAGCCGCAGGUCAGUCCCUCAGCCGCAGGUCAGUCCCUCAGCCGCAGGUCAGUCCCUCAGCCGCAGGUCAGUCCCUCAGCCGCAGGUCAGUCCCUCAGCCGCAGGUCAGUCCCUCAGCCGCAGGUCAGUCCCUCAGCCGCAGGUCAGUCCCUCAGCCGCAGGUCAGUCCCUCAGCCGCAGGUCAGUCCCUCAGCCGCAGGUCAGUUCCCCUCAGCGCAGGUCAGUCCCUCAGCCGCAGGUCAGUCCCUCAGCCGCAGGUCAGUCCCUCAGCCGCAGGUCAGUCCCUCAGCCGCAGGUCAGUCCCUCAGCCGCAGGUCAGUCCCUCAGCCGCAGGUCAGUCCCUCAGCCGCAGGUCAGUCCCUCAGCCGCAGGUCAGUCCCCUCAGCCGCAGGUCAGUCCCUCAGCCGCAGGUCAGUCCCUCAGCCGCAGCCGCAGGUCAGUCCCUCAGCCGCAGGUCAGUCCCUCAGCCGCAGGUCAGUCCCUCAGCCGCAGGUCAGUCCCUCAGCCGCAGGUCAGUCCCUCAGCCGCAGGUCAGUCCCUCAGCCGCAGGUCAGUCCCUCAGCCGCAGGUCAGUCCCUCAGCCGCAGGUCAGUCCCUCAGCCGCAGGUCAGUCCCUCAGCCGCAGGUCAGUCCCUCAGCCGCAGGUCAGUCCCUCAGCCGCAGGUCAGUCCCUCAGCCGCAGGUCAGUCCCUCAGCCGCAGGUCAGUCCCUCAGCCGCAGGUCAGUCCCUCAGCCGCAGGUCAGUCCCUCAGCCGCAGGUCAGUCCCUCAGCCGCAGGUCAGUCCCUCAGCCGCAGGUCAGUCCCUCAGCCGCAGGUCAGUCCCUCAGCCGCAGGUCAGUCCCUCAGCCGCAGGUCAGUCCCUCAGCCGCAGGUCAGUCCCUCAGCCGCAGGUCAGUCCCUCAGCCGCAGGUCAGUCCCUCAGCCGCAGGUCAGUCCCUCAGCCGCAGGUCAGUCCCUCAGCCGCAGGUCAGUCCCUCAGCCGCAGGUCAGUCCCUCAGCCGCAGGUCAGUCCCUCAGCCGCAGGUCAGUCCCUCAGCCGCAGGUCAGUCCCUCAGCCGCAGGUCAGUCCCUCAGCCGCAGGUCAGUCCCUCAGCCGCAGGUCAGUCCCUCAGCCGCAGGUCAGUCCCUCAGCCGCAGGUCAGUCCCUCAGCCGCAGGUCAGUCCCUCAGCCGCAGGUCAGUCCCUCAGCCGCAGGUCAGUCCCUCAGCCGCAGGUCAGUCCCUCAGCCGCAGGUCAGUCCCUCAGCCGCAGGUCAGUCCCUCAGCCGCAGGUCAGUCCCUCAGCCGCAGGUCAGUCCCUCAGCCGCAGGUCAGUCCCUCAGCCGCAGGUCAGUCCCUCAGCCGCAGGUCAGUCCCUCAGCCGCAGGUCAGUCCCUCAGCCGCAGGUCAGUCCCUCAGCCGCAGGUCAGUCCCUCAGCCGCAGGUCAGUCCCUCAGCCGCAGGUCAGUCCCUCAGCCGCAGGUCAGUCCCUCAGCCGCAGGUCAGUCCCUCAGCCGCAGGUCAGUCCCUCAGCCGCAGGUCAGUCCCUCAGCCGCAGGUCAGUCCCUCAGCCGCAGGUCAGUCCCUCAGCCGCAGGUCAGUCCCUCAGCCGCAGGUCAGUCCCUCAGCCGCAGGUCAGUCCCUCAGCCGCAGGUCAGUCCCUCAGCCGCAGGUCAGUCCCUCAGCCGCAGGUCAGUCCCUCAGCCGCAGGUCAGUCCCUCAGCCGCAGGUCAGUCCCUCAGCCGCAGGUCAGUCCCUCAGCCGCAGGUCAGUCCCUCAGCCGCAGGUCAGUCCCUCAGCCGCAGGUCAGUCCCUCAGCCGCAGGUCAGUCCCUCAGCCGCAGGUCAGUCCCUCAGCCGCAGGUCAGUCCCUCAGCCGCAGGUCAGUCCCUCAGCCGCAGGUCAGUCCCUCAGCCGCAGGUCAGUCCCUCAGCCGCAGGUCAGUCCCUCAGCCGCAGGUCAGUCCCUCAGCCGCAGGUCAGUCCCUCAGCCGCAGGUCAGUCCCUCAGCCGCAGGUCAGUCCCUCAGCCGCAGGUCAGUCCCUCAGCCGCAGGUCAGUCCCUCAGCCGCAGGUCAGUCCCUCAGCCGCAGGUCAGUCCCUCAGCCGCAGGUCAGUCCCUCAGCCGCAGGUCAGUCCCUCAGCCGCAGGUCAGUCCCUCAGCCGCAGGUCAGUCCCUCAGCCGCAGGUCAGUCCCUCAGCCGCAGGUCAGUCCCUCAGCCGCAGGUCAGUCCCUCAGCCGCAGGUCAGUCCCUCAGCCGCAGGUCAGUCCCUCAGCCGCAGGUCAGUCCCUCAGCCGCAGGUCAGUCCCUCAGCCGCAGGUCAGUCCCUCAGCCGCAGGUCAGUCCCUCAGCCGCAGGUCAGUCCCUCAGCCGCAGGUCAGUCCCUCAGCCGCAGGUCAGUCCCUCAGCCGCAGGUCAGUCCCUCAGCCGCAGGUCAGUCCCUCAGCCGCAGGUCAGUCCCUCAGCCGCAGGUCAGUCCCUCAGCCGCAGGUCAGUCCCUCAGCCGCAGGUCAGUCCCUCAGCCGCAGGUCAGUCCCUCAGCCGCAGGUCAGUCCCUCAGCCGCAGGUCAGUCCCUCAGCCGCAGGUCAGUCCCUCAGCCGCAGGUCAGUCCCUCAGCCGCAGGUCAGUCCCUCAGCCGCAGGUCAGUCCCUCAGCCGCAGGUCAGUCCCUCAGCCGCAGGUCAGUCCCUCAGCCGCAGGUCAGUCCCUCAGCCGCAGGUCAGUCCCUCAGCCGCAGGUCAGUCCCUCAGCCGCAGGUCAGUCCCUCAGCCGCAGGUCAGUCCCUCAGCCGCAGGUCAGUCCCUCAGCCGCAGGUCAGUCCCUCAGCCGCAGGUCAGUCCCUCAGCCGCAGGUCAGUCCCUCAGCCGCAGGUCAGUCCCUCAGCCGCAGGUCAGUCCCUCAGCCGCAGGUCAGUCCCUCAGCCGCAGGUCAGUCCCUCAGCCGCAGGUCAGUCCCUCAGCCGCAGGUCAGUCCCUCAGCCGCAGGUCAGUCCCUCAGCCGCAGGUCAGUCCCUCAGCCGCAGGUCAGUCCCUCAGCCGCAGGUCAGUCCCUCAGCCGCAGGUCAGUCCCUCAGCCGCAGGUCAGUCCCUCAGCCGCAGGUCAGUCCCUCAGCCGCAGGUCAGUCCCUCAGCCGCAGGUCAGUCCCUCAGCCGCAGGUCAGUCCCUCAGCCGCAGGUCAGUCCCUCAGCCGCAGGUCAGUCCCUCAGCCGCAGGUCAGUCCCUCAGCCGCAGGUCAGUCCCUCAGCCGCAGGUCAGUCCCUCAGCCGCAGGUCAGUCCCUCAGCCGCAGGUCAGUCCCUCAGCCGCAGGUCAGUCCCUCAGCCGCAGGUCAGUCCCUCAGCCGCAGGUCAGUCCCUCAGCCGCAGGUCAGUCCCUCAGCCGCAGGUCAGUCCCUCAGCCGCAGGUCAGUCCCUCAGCCGCAGGUCAGUCCCUCAGCCGCAGGUCAGUCCCUCAGCCGCAGGUCAGUCCCUCAGCCGCAGGUCAGUCCCUCAGCCGCAGGUCAGUCCCUCAGCCGCAGGUCAGUCCCCUCAGCCGCAGGUCAGUCCCUCAGCCGCAGGUCAGUCCCUCAGCCGCAGGUAGUCCCUCAGCCGCAGGUCAGUCCCUCAGCCGCAGGUCAGUCCCUCAGCCGCAGGUCAGUCCCUCAGCCGCAGGUCAGUCCCUCAGCCGCAGGUCAGUCCCUCAGCCGCAGGUCAGUCCCUCAGCCGCAGGUUCAGUCCCUCAGCCGCAGGUCAGUCCCUCAGCCGCAGGUCAGUCCUCAGCCGCAGGUCAGUCCCUCAGCCGCAGGUCAGUCCCUCAGCCGCAGGUCAGUCCGCUCAGCCGCAGGUUCAGUCCCUCAGCCGCAGGUCAGUCCCUCAGCCGCAGGUCAGUCCCUCAGCCGCAGGUCAGUCCCUCAGCCGCAGGUCAGUCCCUCAGCCGCAGGUCAGUCCCUCAGCCGCAGGUCAGUCCCUCAGCCGCAGGUCAGUCCCUCAGCCGCAGGUCAGUCCUCAGCCGCAGGUCAGUCCCUCAGCCGCAGGUCAGUCCCUCAGCCGCAGGUCAGUCCCUCAGCCGCAGGUCAGUCCCUCAGCCGCAGGUCAGUCCCUCAGCCGCAGGUCAGUCCCUCAGCCGCAGGUCAGUCCCUCAGCCGCAGGUCAGUCCCUCAGCCGCAGGUCAGUCCCUCAGCCGCAGGUCAGUCCCUCAGCCGCAGGUCAGUCCCUCAGCCGCAGGUCAGUCCCUCAGCCGCAGGUCAGUCCCUCAGCCGCAGGUCAGUCCCUCAGCCGCAGGUCAGUCCCUCAGCCGCAGGUCAGUCCCUCAGCCGCAGGUCAGUCCCUCAGCCGCAGGUCAGUCCCUCAGCCGCAGGUCAGUCCCUCAGCCGCAGGUCAGUCCCUCAGCCGCAGGUCAGUCCCUCAGCCGCAGGUCAGUCCCUCAGCCGCAGGUCAGUCCCUCAGCCGCAGGUCAGUCCCUCAGCCGCAGGUCAGUCCCUCAGCCGCAGGUCAGUCCCUCAGCCGCAGGUCAGUCCCUCAGCCGCAGGUCAGUCCCUCAGCCGCAGGUCAGUCCCUCAGCCGCAGGUCAGUCCCUCAGCCGCAGGUCAGUCCCUCAGCCGCAGGUCAGUCCCUCAGCCGCAGGUCAGUCCCUCAGCCGCAGGUCAGUCCCUCAGCCGCAGGUCAGUCCCUCAGCCGCAGGUCAGUCCCUCAGCCGCAGGUCAGUCCCUCAGCCGCAGGUCAGUCCCUCAGCCGCAGGUCAGUCCCUCAGCCGCAGGUCAGUCCCUCAGCCGCAGGUCAGUCCCUCAGCCGCAGGUCAGUCCCUCAGCCGCAGGUCAGUCCCUCAGCCGCAGGUCAGUCCCUCAGCCGCAGGUCAGUCCCUCAGCCGCAGGUCAGUCCCUCAGCCGCAGGUCAGUCCCUCAGCCGCAGGUCAGUCCCUCAGCCGCAGGUCAGUCCCUCAGCCGCAGGUCAGUCCCUCAGCCGCAGGUCAGUCCCUCAGCCGCAGGUCAGUCCCUCAGCCGCAGGUCAGUCCCUCAGCCGCAGGUCAGUCCCUCCAGGCCGCAGGUCAGUCCCUCAGCCUCAGUCAGUCCCUCAGCCGCAGGUCAGUCCCUCAGCGCAGGUCAGUCCCUCAGCCGCAGGUCAGUCCCUCAGCCGCAGGUCAGUCCCUCAGCCGCAGGUCAGUCCCUCAGCCGCAGGUCAGUCCCUCAGCCGCAGGUCAGUCCCUCAGCCGCAGGUCAGCCCUCAGCCGCAGGUCAGUCCCUCAGCCGCAGGUCAGUCCCUCAGCCGCAGGUCAGUCCCUCAGCCGCCAGGUCAGUCCCUCAGCCGCAGGUCAGUCCCUCAGCCGCAGGUCAGUCCCUCAGCCGCAGUCAGUCCCCUCAGCCGCAGGAGUCAGUCCCUCAGCCGCAGGUCAGUCCCUCAGCCGCAGGUCAGUCCCUCAGCCGCAGGUCAGUCCCUCAGCCGCAGGUCCGUCCCUCAGCCGCAGGUCAGUCCCUCAGCCGCAGGUCAGUCCCUCAGCCGCAGGUCAGUCCCUCAGCCGCAGGCAGUCCCUCAGCCGCAGGUCAGUCCCUCAGCCGCAGGUCAGGUCCCUCAGCCGCAGGUCAGUCCCUCAGCCGCAGGUCAGUCCCUCAGCCGCAGGUCAGUCCCUCAGCCGCAGGUCAGUCCCUCAGCCGCAGGUCAGUCCCUCAGCCGCAGGUCAGUCCCCUCAGCCGCAGGUCAGUCCCUCAGCCGCAGGUCAGUCCCUCAGCCGCAGGUCAGUCCCUCAGCCGCAGGUCAGUCCCUCAGCCGCAGGUAGUCCUCAGCCUCCCGCCGCAGGCAGGUCAGUCCCUCAGCCGCAGGUCAGUCCCUCAGCCGCAGGUCAGUCCCUCAGCCGCAGGUCAGUCCCUCAGCCGCAGGUCAGUCCCUCAGCCGCAGGUCAGUCCCUCAGCCGGCAGGUCAGUCCCUCAGCCGCAGGUCAGUCCUCAGCCGCAGGUCAGUCCCUCAGCCGCAGGUCAGUCCCUCAGCCGCAGGUCAGUCCCUCAGUCCGGUCAGGUCUAGUCCCUCAGCCGCAGGUCAGUCCCUCAGCCGCAGGUCAGUCCCUCAGCCGCAGGUCAGUCCCUCAGCCGCAGGUCAGUCCCUCAGCCGCAGGGUCAGUCCCUCAGCCGCAGGUCAGUUCCCUCAGCCGCAGGUCAGUCCCUCAGCCGCAGGUCAGUCCCUCAGCCCGCAGCACCGCGUCAGUCCCUCAGCGCAGGCUAGUCCCUCAGCCGCAGGUCAGUCCUCAGCAAGGUCAGUCCCUCAGCCGCAGGUCAGUCCCUCAGCCGCAGGUCAGUCCCUCAGCCGCAGGUCAGUCCCUCAGCCGCAGGUCAGUCCCUCAGCCGCAGGUCAGUCCCUCAGCCGCAGGUCAGUCCCUCAGCCGCAGGUCAGUCCCUCAGCCGCAGGUCAGUCCCUCAGCCGCAGGUCAGUCCCUCAGCCGCAGGUCAGUCCCUCAGCCGCAGGUCAGUCCCUCAGCCGCAGGUCAGUCCCUCAGCCGCAGGUCAGUCCCUCAGCCGCAGGUCAGUCCCUCAGCCGCAGGUCAGUCCCUCAGCCGCAGGUCAGUCCCUCAGCCGCAGGUCAGUCCCUCAGCCGCAGGUCAGUCCCUCAGCCGCAGGUCAGUCCCUCAGCCGCAGGUCAGUCCCUCAGCCGCAGGUCAGUCCCUCAGCCGCAGGUCAGUCCCUCAGCCGCAGGUCAGUCCCUCAGCCGCAGGUCAGUCCCUCAGCCGCAGGUCAGUCCCUCAGCCGCAGGUCAGUCCCUCAGCCGCAGGUCAGGUCCCCCGCCGUCAGUCAGCCCUCAGCCGCAGGUCAGUCCCCUCAGCCGCAGGUCAGUCCCUAGCCGCAGUAGUCAGUCCCUCAGCCGCAGGUCAGUCCCUCAGCCGCCAGGUCAGUCCCUCUAGCCGCCAGGUCAGUCCCUCAGCCGCAGGUCAGUCCCUCAGCCGCAGGUCAGUUCCCUCAGCCGCAGGUCAGUCCCUCAGCCGCAGGUUCAGUCCCUCAGCACGCAGGUCAGUCCUCAGCCGAGGUCAGUCCCCUCAGCCGCAGGUCAGUCCCUCAGCCGCAGGUCAGUCCCUCAGCCGCAGGUCAGUCCCUCAGCCGCAGGUCAGUCCCUCAGCCGCAGGUUCAGUCCCUCAGCCGCAGGUCAGUCCCCUCAGCCGCAGGUCAGUCCCUCAGCGCAGGUCAGUCCCUCAGCCGCAGGUCAGUCCCUCAGCCGCAGGUCAGUCCCUCAGCCGCAGGUCAGUCCCUCAGCCGCAGGUCAGUCCCUCAGCCGCAGGUCAGUCCCUCAGCCGCAAGACGGCCGCACACCCGCUGGACCGCUGUGCCGCGGGUUGUCAGUCCCUCAGCCGCAGGUCAGUCCCUCAGCCGCAGGUCAGUCCCUCAGCCGCAGGUCAGUUCCCUCAGCCGCAGGUCAGUCCCUCAGCCGCAGGUCAGUCCCUCAGCCGCAGGUCAGUCCCUCAGCCGCAGGGUCAGUCCCUCAGCCGCAGGUCAGUCCUCAGCCGCAGGUCAGUCCCUCAGCCGCAGGUCAGUCCCUCAGCCGCAGGUCAGUCCCUCAGCCGCAGGUCAGUCCCUCAGCCGCAGGUUUCCAGGUCCCUCAGUCCGCAGGUCAGUCCCCUCAGCCGCAGGGUCAGUCCCUCAGCCGCAGGUCAGUCCCUCAGCCGCAGGUCAGUCCCUCAGCCGCAGGUCAGUCCCUCAGCGCAGGUUCAGGUCCCUCAGCCGCAGGUCAGUCCCUCAGCCGCAGGUCAGUCCCUCAAGCCGCAGGUCAGGUCCCUCAGCCGCAGGUCAGUCCCUCAGCCGCAGGUCAGUCCCCUCAGGCCGCAGUCAGUCCCUCACGCCGCAGGUCAGUCCCUCAGCCGCAGGUCAGUCCCUCAGGCCGCAGGUCAGUCCCUCAGCCGCAGGUCAGUCCCUCAGCCGCAGGUCAGUCCCUCAGCCGCAGGUCAGUCCCUCAGCCGCAGGUCAGUCCCUCAGCCGCAGGUCAGUCCCUCAGCCGCAGGUCAGUCCCUCAGCCGCAGGUCAGUCCCUCAGCCGCAGGUCAGUCCCUCAGCCGCAGGUCAGUCCCUCAGCCGCAGGUCAGUCCCUCAGCCGCAGGUCAGUCCCUCAGCCGCAGGUCAGUCCCUCAGCCGCAGGUCAGUCCCUCAGCCGCAGGUCAGUCCCUCAGCCGCAGGUCAGUCCCUCAGCCGCAGGUCAGUCCCUCAGCCGCAGGUCAGUCCCUCAGCCGCAGGUCAGUCCCUCAGCCGCAGGUCAGUCCCUCAGCCGCAGGUCAGUCCCUCAGCCGCAGGUCAGUCCCUCAGCCGCAGGUCAGUCCCUCAGCCGCAGGUCAGUCCCUCAGCCGCAGGUCAGUCCCUCAGCCGCAGGUCAGUCCCUCAGCCGCAGGUCAGUCCCUCAGCCGCAGGUCAGUCCCUCAGCCGCAGGUCAGUCCCUCAGCCGCAGGUCAGUCAGUCCCUCAGCCGCAGGUCAGUCCCUCAGCCGCAGGUCAGUCCCUCAGCCGCAGGUCAGUCCCUCAGCCGCAGGCGUCAGUCCCUCAGUCCGCAGGUCAGUCCCCUCAGCCGCAGGUCAGUCCCUCAGCCGCAGGUUCCAGUUCCCUCAGCCGCAGGUCAGUCCCUCAAGCCGCAGGUCAGUCCCUCAGCCGCAGGUCAGUCCCUCAGCCGCAGGUCAGUCCCCUCAGCCGCAGGUCAGUCCCUCAGCCGCAGGUCCAGUCCCUCAGCCGCAGGUCGUCCCUCAGCCGCAGGUCAGUCCCUCAGCCGCAGGUUCAGUCCCUCAGCCGCAGGUCAGUCCCUCAGCCGCAGGUCAGUCCCUCAGCGCAGGUCAGUCCCUCAGCCGCAGGUCAGUCCCUCAGGCCGCAGGUCAGUCCCUCAGCCGCAGGUCAGUUCCCUCAGCCGCAGGUCAGUCCCUCAGCCGCAGGUCAGUCCCUCGCCGCAGUCAGUCCCUCAGCCGCAGGUCAGUCCCUCAGCCGCAGGUCAGUCCCUCAGCCGCAGGUCAGUCCUCAGCCGCAGGUCAGUCCCUCAGCCGCAGGUCAGUCCCUCAGCGCAGGUCAGUCCCUCAGCCGCAGGUCAGUCCCUCAGCCGCAGGUCAGUCCCUCAGCCGCAGGUCUCCAGUCCCUCAGCCGCAGGUCAGUCCCCUCAGCCGCAGGUCAGUCCCUCAGCCGCAGGUCAGUCCCUCAGCCGCAGGUCAGUCCCUCAGCCGCAGGUCAGUCCCUCAGCCGCAGGUCAGUCCCUCAGCCGGCAGGGCAGGUCCCUCAGCCCGCAGGUCAGUCCCUCAGCCGCAGGUCAGUCCCUCCAGCCGCAGGUCAGUCCCUCAGCCGCAGGUCAGUCCUCAGCCGCAGGUCAGUCCCUCAGCCGGUCCUCAGGUCAGUCCCUCAGCCGAGGUCAGUCCCUCAGCCGCAGGUCAGUCCCUCAGCCGCAGGUCAGUCCCUCAGCCGCAGGUCAGUCCCUCAGCCGCAGGUCAGUCCCUCAGCCGCAGGUCAGUCCCUCAGCCGCAGGUCAGUCCCUCAGCCGCAGGUCAGUCCCUCAGCCGCAGGUCAGUCCCUCAGCCGCAGGUCAGUCCCUCAGCCGCAGGUCAGUCCCUCAGCCGCAGGUCAGUCCCUCAGCCGCAGGUCAGUCCCUCAGCCGCAGGUCAGUCCCUCAGCCGCAGGUCAGUCCCUCAGCCGCAGGUCAGUCCCUCAGCCGCAGGUCAGUCCCUCAGCCGCAGGUCAGUCCCUCAGCCGCAGGUCAGUCCCUCAGCCGCAGGUCAGUCCCUCAGCCGCAGGUCAGUCCCUCAGCCGCAGGUCAGUCCCUCAGCCGCAGGUCAGUCCCUCAGCCGCAGGUCAGUCCCUCAGCCGCAGGUCAGUCCCUCAGCCGCAGGUCAGUCCCUCAGCCGCAGGUCAGUCCCUCAGCCGCAGGUCAGUCCCUCAGCCGCAGGUCAGUCCCUCAGCCGCAGGUCAGUCCCUCAGCCGCAGGUCAGUCCCUCAGCCGCAGGUCAGUCCCUCAGCCGCAGGUCAGUCCCUCAGCCGCAGGUCAGUCCCUCAGCCGCAGGUCAGUCCCUCAGCCGCAGGUCAGUCCCUCAGCCGCAGGUCAGUCCCUCAGCCGCAGGUCAGUCCCUCAGCCGCAGGUCAGUCCCUCAGCCGCAGGUCAGUCCCUCAGCCGCAGGUCAGUCCCUCAGCCGCAGGUCAGUCCCUCAGCCGCAGGUCAGUCCCUCAGCCGCAGGUCAGUCCCUCAGCCGCAGGUCAGUCCCUCAGCCGCAGGUCAGUCCCUCAGCCGCAGGUCAGUCCCUCAGCCGCAGGUCAGUCCCUCAGCCGCAGGUCAGUCCCUCAGCCGCAGGUCAGUCCCUCAGCCGCAGGUCAGUCCCUCAGCCGCAGGUCAGUCCCUCAGCCGCAGGUCAGUCCCUCAGCCGCAGGUCAGUCCCUCAGCCGCAGGUCAGUCCCUCAGCCGCAGGUCAGUCCCUCAGCCGCAGGUCAGUCCCUCAGCCGCAGGUCAGUCCCUCAGCCGCAGGUCAGUCCCUCAGCCGCAGGUCAGUCCCUCAGCCGCAGGUCAGUCCCUCAGCCGCAGGUCAGUCCCUCAGCCGCAGGUCAGUCCCUCAGCCGCAGGUCAGUCCCUCAGCCGCAGGUCAGUCCCUCAGCCGCAGGUCAGUCCCUCAGCCGCAGGUCAGUCCCUCAGCCGCAGGUCAGUCCCUCAGCCGCAGGUCAGUCCCUCAGCCGCAGGUCAGUCCCUCAGCCGCAGGUCAGUCCCUCAGCCGCAGGUCAGUCCCUCAGCCGCAGGUCAGUCCCUCAGCCGCAGGUCAGUCCCUCAGCCGCAGGUCAGUCCCUCAGCCGCAGGUCAGUCCCUCAGCCGCAGGUCAGUCCCUCAGCCGCAGGUCAGUCCCUCAGCCGCAGGUCAGUCCCUCAGCCGCAGGUCAGUCCCUCAGCCGCAGGUCAGUCCCUCAGCCGCAGGUCAGUCCCUCAGCCGCAGGUCAGUCCCUCAGCCGCAGGUCAGUCCCUCAGCCGCAGGUCAGUCCCUCAGCCGCAGGUCAGUCCCUCAGCCGCAGGUCAGUCCCUCAGCCGCAGGUCAGUCCCUCAGCCGCAGGUCAGUCCCUCAGCCGCAGGUCAGUCCCUCAGCCGCAGGUCAGUCCCUCAGCCGCAGGUCAGUCCCUCAGCCGCAGGUCAGUCCCUCAGCCGCAGGUCAGUCCCUCAGCCGCAGGUCAGUCCCUCAGCCGCAGGUCAGUCCCUCAGCCGCAGGUCAGUCCCUCAGCCGCAGGUCAGUCCCUCAGCCGCAGGUCAGUCCCUCAGCCGCAGGUCAGUCCCUCAGCCGCAGGUCAGUCCCUCAGCCGCAGGUCAGUCCCUCAGCCGCAGGUCAGUCCCUCAGCCGCAGGUCAGUCCCUCAGCCGCAGGUCAGUCCCUCAGCCGCAGGUCAGUCCCUCAGCCGCAGGUCAGUCCCUCAGCCGCAGGUCAGUCCCUCAGCCGCAGGUCAGUCCCUCAGCCGCAGGUCAGUCCCUCAGCCGCAGGUCAGUCCCUCAGCCGCAGGUCAGUCCCUCAGCCGCAGGUCAGUCCCUCAGCCGCAGGUCAGUCCCUCAGCCGCAGGUCAGUCCCUCAGCCGCAGGUCAGUCCCUCAGCCGCAGGUCAGUCCCUCAGCCGCAGGUCAGUCCCUCAGCCGCAGGUCAGUCCCUCAGCCGCAGGUCAGUCCCUCAGCCGCAGGUCAGUCCCUCAGCCGCAGGUCAGUCCCUCAGCCGCAGGUCAGUCCCUCAGCCGCAGGUCAGUCCCUCAGCCGCAGGUCAGUCCCUCAGCCGCAGGUCAGUCCCUCAGCCGCAGGUCAGUCCCUCAGCCGCAGGUCAGUCCCUCAGCCGCAGGUCAGUCCCUCAGCCGCAGGUCAGUCCCUCAGCCGCAGGUCAGUCCCUCAGCCGCAGGUCAGUCCCUCAGCCGCAGGUCAGUCCCUCAGCCGCAGGUCAGUCCCUCAGCCGCAGGUCAGUCCCUCAGCCGCAGGUCAGUCCCUCAGCCGCAGGUCAGUCCCUCAGCCGCAGGUCAGUCCCUCAGCCGCAGGUCAGUCCCUCAGCCGCAGGUCAGUCCCUCAGCCGCAGGUCAGUCCCUCAGCCGCAGGUCAGUCCCUCAGCCGCAGGUCAGUCCCUCAGCCGCAGGUCAGUCCCUCAGCCGCAGGUCAGUCCCUCAGCCGCAGGUCAGUCCCUCAGCCGCAGGUCAGUCCCUCAGCCGCAGGUCAGUCCCUCAGCCGCAGGUCAGUCCCUCAGCCGCAGGUCAGUCCCUCAGCCGCAGGUCAGUCCCUCAGCCGCAGGUCAGUCCCUCAGCCGCAGGUCAGUCCCUCAGCCGCAGGUCAGUCCCUCAGCCGCAGGUCAGUCCCUCAGCCGCAGGUCAGUCCCUCAGCCGCAGGUCAGUCCCUCAGCCGCAGGUCAGUCCCUCAGCCGCAGGUCAGUCCCUCAGCCGCAGGUCAGUCCCUCAGCCGCAGGUCAGUCCCUCAGCCGCAGGUCAGUCCCUCAGCCGCAGGUCAGUCCCUCAGCCGCAGGUCAGUCCCUCAGCCGCAGGUCAGUCCCUCAGCCGCAGGUCAGUCCCUCAGCCGCAGGUCAGUCCCUCAGCCGCAGGUCAGUCCCUCAGCCGCAGGUCAGUCCCUCAGCCGCAGGUCAGUCCCUCAGCCGCAGGUCAGUCCCUCAGCCGCAGGUCAGUCCCUCAGCCGCAGGUCAGUCCCUCAGCCGCAGGUCAGUCCCUCAGCCGCAGGUCAGUCCCUCAGCCGCAGGUCAGUCCCUCAGCCGCAGGUCAGUCCCUCAGCCGCAGGUCAGUCCCUCAGCCGCAGGUCAGUCCCUCAGCCGCAGGUCAGUCCCUCAGCCGCAGGUCAGUCCCUCAGCCGCAGGUCAGUCCCUCAGCCGCAGGUCAGUCCCUCAGCCGCAGGUCAGUCCCUCAGCCGCAGGUCAGUCCCUCAGCCGCAGGUCAGUCCCUCAGCCGCAGGUCAGUCCCUCAGCCGCAGGUCAGUCCCUCAGCCGCAGGUCAGUCCCUCAGCCGCAGGUCAGUCCCUCAGCCGCAGGUCAGUCCCUCAGCCGCAGGUCAGUCCCUCAGCCGCAGGUCAGUCCCUCAGCCGCAGGUCAGUCCCUCAGCCGCAGGUCAGUCCCUCAGCCGCAGGUCAGUCCCUCAGCCGCAGGUCAGUCCCUCAGCCGCAGGUCAGUCCCUCAGCCGCAGGUCAGUCCCUCAGCCGCAGGUCAGUCCCUCAGCCGCAGGUCAGUCCCUCAGCCGCAGGUCAGUCCCUCAGCCGCAGGUCAGUCCCUCAGCCGCAGGUCAGUCCCUCAGCCGCAGGUCAGUCCCUCAGCCGCAGGUCAGUCCCUCAGCCGCAGGUCAGUCCCUCAGCCGCAGGUCAGUCAGUCCCUCAGCCGCAGGUCAGUCCCUCAGCCGCAGGUCAGUCCCUCAGCCGCAGGUCAGUCCCUCAGCCGCAGGUCAGUCCCUCAGCCGCAGGUCAGUCCCUCAGCCGCAGGUCAGUCCCUCAGCCGCAGGUCAGUCCCUCAGCCGCAGGUCAGUCCCUCAGCCGCAGGUCAGUCCCUCAGCCGCAGGUCAGUCCCUCAGCCGCAGGUCAGUCCCUCAGCCGCAGGUCAGUCCCUCAGCCGCAGGUCAGUCCCUCAGCCGCAGGUCAGUCAGUCCCUCAGCCGCAGGUCAGUCAGUCCCUCAGCCGCAGGUCAGUCCCUCAGCCGCAGGUCAGUCCCUCAGCCGCAGGUCAGUCCCUCAGCCGCAGGUCAGUCCCUCAGCCGCAGGUCAGUCCCUCAGCCGCAGGUCAGUCAGUCCCUCAGCCGCAGGUCAGUCCCUCAGCCGCAGGUCAGUCCCUCAGCCGCAGGUCAGUCCCUCAGCCGCAGGUCAGUCAGUCCCUCAGCCGCAGGUCAGUCCCUCAGCCGCAGGUCAGUCCCUCAGCCGCAGGUCAGUCCCUCAGCCGCAGGUCAGUCCCUCAGCCGCAGGUCAGUCCCUCAGCCGCAGGUCAGUCCCUCAGCCGCAGGUCAGUCAGUCCCUCAGCCGCAGGUCAGUCAGUCCCUCAGCCGCAGGUCAGUCCCUCAGCCGCAGGUCAGUCCCUCAGCCGCAGGUCAGUCAGUCCCUCAGCCGCAGGUCAGUCCCUCAGCCGCAGGUCAGUCCCUCAGCCGCAGGUCAGUCCCUCAGCCGCAGGUCAGUCCCUCAGCCGCAGGUCAGUCAGUCCCUCAGCCGCAGGUCAGUCCCUCAGCCGCAGGUCAGUCCCUCAGCCGCAGGUCAGUCCCUCAGCCGCAGGUCAGUCAGUCCCUCAGCCGCAGGUCAGUCAGUCCCUCAGCCGCAGGUCAGUCCCUCAGCCGCAGGUCAGUCCCUCAGCCGCAGGUCAGUCAGUCCCUCAGCCGCAGGUCAGUCCCUCAGCCGCAGGUCAGUCCCUCAGCCGCAGGUCAGUCCCUCAGCCGCAGGUCAGUCCCUCAGCCGCAGGUCAGUCCCUCAGCCGCAGGUCAGUCCCUCAGCCGCAGGUCAGUCCCUCAGCCGCAGGUCAGUCCCUCAGCCGCAGGUCAGUCCCUCAGCCGCAGGUCAGUCCCUCAGCCGCAGGUCAGUCCCUCAGCCGCAGGUCAGUCCCUCAGCCGCAGGUCAGUCCCUCAGCCGCAGGUCAGUCCCUCAGCCGCAGGUCAGUCCCUCAGCCGCAGGUCAGUCCCUCAGCCGCAGGUCAGUCCCUCAGCCGCAGGUCAGUCCCUCAGCCGCAGGUCAGUCCCUCAGCCGCAGGUCAGUCCCUCAGCCGCAGGUCAGUCCCUCAGCCGCAGGUCAGUCCCUCAGCCGCAGGUCAGUCCCUCAGCCGCAGGUCAGUCCCUCAGCCGCAGGUCAGUCCCUCAGCCGCAGGUCAGUCCCUCAGCCGCAGGUCAGUCCCUCAGCCGCAGGUCAGUCCCUCAGCCGCAGGUCAGUCCCUCAGCCGCAGGUCAGUCCCUCAGCCGCAGGUCAGUCAGUCCCUCAGCCGCAGGUCAGUCCCUCAGCCGCAGGUCAGUCAGUCCCUCAGCCGCAGGUCAGUCCCUCAGCCGCAGGUCAGUCCCUCAGCCGCAGGUCAGUCCCUCAGCCGCAGGUCAGUCCCUCAGCCGCAGGUCAGUCCCUCAGCCGCAGGUCAGUCCCUCAGCCGCAGGUCAGUCCCUCAGCCGCAGGUCAGUCCCUCAGCCGCAGGUCAGUCCCUCAGCCGCAGGUCAGUCCCUCAGCCGCAGGUCAGUCAGUCCCUCAGCCGCAGGUCAGUCCCUCAGCCGCAGGUCAGUCCCUCAGCCGCAGGUCAGUCCCUCAGCCGCAGGUCAGUCCCUCAGCCGCAGGUCAGUCCCUCAGCCGCAGGUCAGUCAGUCCCUCAGCCGCAGGUCAGUCCCUCAGCCGCAGGUCAGUCCCUCAGCCGCAGGUCAGUCCCUCAGCCGCAGGUCAGUCCCUCAGCCGCAGGUCAGUCCCUCAGCCGCAGGUCAGUCCCUCAGCCGCAGGUCAGUCCCUCAGCCGCAGGUCAGUCCCUCAGCCGCAGGUCAGUCCCUCAGCCGCAGGUCAGUCCCUCAGCCGCAGGUCAGUCCCUCAGCCGCAGGUCAGUCCCUCAGCCGCAGGUCAGUCCCUCAGCCGCAGGUCAGUCCCUCAGCCGCAGGUCAGUCCCUCAGCCGCAGGUCAGUCCCUCAGCCGCAGGUCAGUCCCUCAGCCGCAGGUCAGUCCCUCAGCCGCAGGUCAGUCCCUCAGCCGCAGGUCAGUCCCUCAGCCGCAGGUCAGUCCCUCAGCCGCAGGUCAGUCCCUCAGCCGCAGGUCAGUCCCUCAGCCGCAGGUCAGUCCCUCAGCCGCAGGUCAGUCCCUCAGCCGCAGGUCAGUCCCUCAGCCGCAGGUCAGUCCCUCAGCCGCAGGUCAGUCCCUCAGCCGCAGGUCAGUCCCUCAGCCGCAGGUCAGUCCCUCAGCCGCAGGUCAGUCCCUCAGCCGCAGGUCAGUCCCUCAGCCGCAGGUCAGUCCCUCAGCCGCAGGUCAGUCCCUCAGCCGCAGGUCAGUCCCUCAGCCGCAGGUCAGUCCCUCAGCCGCAGGUCAGUCCCUCAGCCGCAGGUCAGUCCCUCAGCCGCAGGUCAGUCCCUCAGCCGCAGGUCAGUCCCUCAGCCGCAGGUCAGUCCCUCAGCCGCAGGUCAGUCCCUCAGCCGCAGGUCAGUCCCUCAGCCGCAGGUCAGUCAGUCCCUCAGCCGCAGGUCAGUCAGUCCCUCAGCCGCAGGUCAGUCCCUCAGCCGCAGGUCAGUCCCUCAGCCGCAGGUCAGUCCCUCAGCCGCAGGUCAGUCCCUCAGCCGCAGGUCAGUCCCUCAGCCGCAGGUCAGUCCCUCAGCCGCAGGUCAGUCAGUCCCUCAGCCGCAGGUCAGUCCCUCAGCCGCAGGUCAGUCCCUCAGCCGCAGGUCAGUCCCUCAGCCGCAGGUCAGUCCCUCAGCCGCAGGUCAGUCAGUCCCUCAGCCGCAGGUCAGUCCCUCAGCCGCAGGUCAGUCCCUCAGCCGCAGGUCAGUCCCUCAGCCGCAGGUCAGUCAGUCCCUCAGCCGCAGGUCAGUCAGUCCCUCAGCCGCAGGUCAGUCCCUCAGCCGCAGGUCAGUCCCUCAGCCGCAGGUCAGUCAGUCCCUCAGCCGCAGGUCAGUCCCUCAGCCGCAGGUCAGUCCCUCAGCCGCAGGUCAGUCCCUCAGCCGCAGGUCAGUCCCUCAGCCGCAGGUCAGUCAGUCCCUCAGCCGCAGGUCAGUCCCUCAGCCGCAGGUCAGUCCCUCAGCCGCAGGUCAGUCCCUCAGCCGCAGGUCAGUCAGUCCCUCAGCCGCAGGUCAGUCCCUCAGCCGCAGGUCAGUCCCUCAGCCGCAGGUCAGUCAGUCCCUCAGCCGCAGGUCAGUCCCUCAGCCGCAGGUCAGUCCCUCAGCCGCAGGUCAGUCCCUCAGCCGCAGGUCAGUCCCUCAGCCGCAGGUCAGUCCCUCAGCCGCAGGUCAGUCCCUCAGCCGCAGGUCAGUCCCUCAGCCGCAGGUCAGUCCCUCAGCCGCAGGUCAGUCCCUCAGCCGCAGGUCAGUCCCUCAGCCGCAGGUCAGUCCCUCAGCCGCAGGUCAGUCCCUCAGCCGCAGGUCAGUCCCUCAGCCGCAGGUCAGUCCCUCAGCCGCAGGUCAGUCAGUCCCUCAGCCGCAGGUCAGUCCCUCAGCCGCAGGUCAGUCCCUCAGCCGCAGGUCAGUCCCUCAGCCGCAGGUCAGUCCCUCAGCCGCAGGUCAGUCCCUCAGCCGCAGGUCAGUCCCUCAGCCGCAGGUCAGUCAGUCCCUCAGCCGCAGGUCAGUCCCUCAGCCGCAGGUCAGUCCCUCAGCCGCAGGUCAGUCCCUCAGCCGCAGGUCAGUCCCUCAGCCGCAGGUCAGUCCCUCAGCCGCAGGUCAGUCAGUCCCUCAGCCGCAGGUCAGUCCCUCAGCCGCAGGUCAGUCCCUCAGCCGCAGGUCAGUCCCUCAGCCGCAGGUCAGUCAGUCCCUCAGCCGCAGGUCAGUCCCUCAGCCGCAGGUCAGUCCCUCAGCCGCAGGUCAGUCAGUCCCUCAGCCGCAGGUCAGUCCCUCAGCCGCAGGUCAGUCCCUCAGCCGCAGGUCAGUCCCUCAGCCGCAGGUCAGUCCCUCAGCCGCAGGUCAGUCAGUCCCUCAGCCGCAGGUCAGUCCCUCAGCCGCAGGUCAGUCCCUCAGCCGCAGGUCAGUCCCUCAGCCGCAGGUCAGUCAGUCCCUCAGCCGCAGGUCAGUCAGUCCCUCAGCCGCAGGUCAGUCCCUCAGCCGCAGGUCAGUCCCUCAGCCGCAGGUCAGUCAGUCCCUCAGCCGCAGGUCAGUCCCUCAGCCGCAGGUCAGUCCCUCAGCCGCAGGUCAGUCCCUCAGCCGCAGGUCAGUCCCUCAGCCGCAGGUCAGUCCCUCAGCCGCAGGUCAGUCCCUCAGCCGCAGGUCAGUCCCUCAGCCGCAGGUCAGUCCCUCAGCCGCAGGUCAGUCCCUCAGCCGCAGGUCAGUCCCUCAGCCGCAGGUCAGUCCCUCAGCCGCAGGUCAGUCCCUCAGCCGCAGGUCAGUCCCUCAGCCGCAGGUCAGUCCCUCAGCCGCAGGUCAGUCCCUCAGCCGCAGGUCAGUCCCUCAGCCGCAGGUCAGUCAGUCCCUCAGCCGCAGGUCAGUCAGUCCCUCAGCCGCAGGUCAGUCAGUCCCUCAGCCGCAGGUCAGUCAGUCCCUCAGCCGCAGGUCAGUCCCUCAGCCGCAGGUCAGUCCCUCAGCCGCAGGUCAGUCCCUCAGCCGCAGGUCAGUCCCUCAGCCGCAGGUCAGUCAGUCCCUCAGCCGCAGGUCAGUCCCUCAGCCGCAGGUCAGUCCCUCAGCCGCAGGUCAGUCCCUCAGCCGCAGGUCAGUCCCUCAGCCGCAGGUCAGUCCCUCAGCCGCAGGUCAGUCCCUCAGCCGCAGGUCAGUCCCUCAGCCGCAGGUCAGUCCCUCAGCCGCAGGUCAGUCCCUCAGCCGCAGGUCAGUCCCUCAGCCGCAGGUCAGUCCCUCAGCCGCAGGUCAGUCCCUCAGCCGCAGGUCAGUCCCUCAGCCGCAGGUCAGUCCCUCAGCCGCAGGUCAGUCCCUCAGCCGCAGGUCAGUCCCUCAGCCGCAGGUCAGUCCCUCAGCCGCAGGUCAGUCCCUCAGCCGCAGGUCAGUCCCUCAGCCGCAGGUCAGUCCCUCAGCCGCAGGUCAGUCCCUCAGCCGCAGGUCAGUCAGUCCCUCAGCCACAGGUCAGUCCCUCAGCCGCAGGUCAGUCCCUCAGCCGCAGGUCAGUCCCUCAGCCGCAGGUCAGUCCGUCCCUCAGCCGCAGGUCAGUCCGUCCCUCAGCCGCAGGUCAGUCAGUCCCUCAGCCGCAGGUCAGUCAGUCCCUCAGCCGCAGGUCAGUCAGUCCCUCAGCCGCAGGUCAGUCAGUCCCUCAGCCGCAGGUCAGUCAGUCCCUCAGCCGCAGGUCAGUCAGUCCCUCAGCCGCAGGUCAGUCAGUCCCUCAGCCGCAGGUCAGUCAGUCCCUCAGCCGCAGGUCAGUCCCUCAGCCGCCGGUCAGUCCCUCAGCUGCAGGUCAGUCCCUCAGCCGCAGGUCAGUCCCUCAGCCGCAGGUCAGUCCCUCAGCCGCAGGUCAGUCCCUCAGCCGCAGGUCAGUCCCUCAGCCGCAGGUCAGUCCCUCAGCCGCUGGUCAGUCCCUCAGCCGCAGGUCAGUCCCUCAGCCGCCGGUCAGUCCCUCAGCCGCUGGUCAGUCCCUCAGCCGCCGGUCAGUCCCUCAGCCGCCGGUCAGUCCCUCCAGCCGCCCCGGUAACCCGUGCGCGGACCACCACACGCGCACUGAGUGCAGCAGGCCGCGAGUCAGCCACCCAGCUAUGCUCACUUCACUCCAUUCACCAUGCGUUCCCCGUGCUGUUCGUUCCCCUUGUGCUGCGUUCUGACUCGCCUCUUAACCUGCCUCAUCCCUCUAGCAACCCUGCCGCCACCCUCAUCGCUCUGAUUUGCCUUCUCACCACCACUCACCCCCUGUCGUUUGAGCACCGGCUGCACCUGAGGGACUUGGAGCAGUGGAUGUCGCAGCGAGACAUUCCCCCGCGAGCUGCAGAGGUGCGUCUCUCUCUGCAUGCGCGCCCACCCACCCCUCGUGCUGUGCCUGCGCCCUUGACCGCCCUUCCCUCGGGGCAUCUCCCCCACUCCACCGCCCUCGGGCCAUGUCCUCCACUCCACCGCCCUCCCCACACUGCUGCUCGCCCUCCGCCACCUCUUCGCACUCCUCCACCCUCAUCUCUCAACCCUCACCCCUCCCCACUCAUCCCUCUCUCUUCACCCCUCGGCACUUGUCUCCUUUCCAUCGCCCAUUCCUUCCCAUCCCUCAUCUCUCACCCGCGGGUGCGGGACCUGGAGCGGUAUGUGUGGACGGUGAACCAGGGGGUCAACGAGGAGGAGGUCAUGACGUCACUCUCGGAGGACAUCCAGAGGGACGUGCGCCGCCACCUCUCCUACGAGCUCAUCACCCAGGUAGUCCCUCCAUCGCCUUAUGCCUCCCUGACUCCCUGCCUCACCUGGUCCCCCAUCUCGCUCCCCUCCCCCCCCCCCCUGCUUGCGCAGCACUGUGUGCUGCUGAAGGGCAUGCCAGAGCAGGUGCUGGACGCCAUCUGCGAGCGCCUGAAGCAGCGCCUCUACAUCGACGGCACGCUACGUGCUGCGCGAGGGCUCGCCCGUGUCGGCAUGUUCUUCGUGCUGCGCGGCACGCUGCAGAGCUCCACGACCAACGCGGCGCGCACAGGGUUCUACGAGGAGGUGCUGCUGGGGAAGGGGCAGUUUGUGGGCGAGGAGCUGCUCGUCUACUUCAUUGAAAACGCACCUUCUGCUGCAUCGGGCCCCGUGGAGGGCUUCUCGCUGGAGGCGGUAGACAUUGACUUCGUGUGCACGCAGUUCUUCACCGUCAUGCAGUCCGACCAAGUGCAGCACGCCCUCAAGUACGCCCUCGCCCCGCCCCCACUCGCACAUACGCUCUCACACACUGUACCGCCUUCCAUCCUCCAUACCAUUGUCUCCUGCUUCCCGCCUAGCCUCACUUUGUCUGCCUCCUCUGUUGGCUCCCCUACUCCCGCCCCGCACCCCUGUGGUGUUUCUUCCCCCCCCAACAGCGAGUGCUCGUUGAACCGGCGCAUGCGGGCAGCCACCACCAUCCAGGUGUGGUACCGCUCGGUGCUGCGGCGGCGCCUGAAGCUGCCCAUCGACGUCAUGCGGCAGGCCCAUCCGCACCAAGCGCAUCGGCAACCUCCUGCGCUCCCUGCGCUCCCAGGCCUCCAAUGA